AUGAGGAAGCACUCCAACCAAUCAAUAGAUGUUUGCCUGGCCAGUCAUCUGCAGUGUGUUUGUGUAGAUGAAACUACAGGGUUAUUUGUUGUGCAGAGAACUGGCCAUGGGUUUUCUGUGCCAGUUCACAUUCAGAGGAAAACAUGGGGGAUGUCUCACAAUAUCAGAUGUGAGCUGGAGGAAUGUCAGCAAUACCAGUUGCUGGCCCAGCGGAGCGGACUAGGCUUCAGUUUAUGUGAGCACCUUCACUCACUAGAUUACUGCCGAGAAACUGGAAAAGAAAAGGAGGUUUUUCUUCAAGAGCACAUCGUGAUGGAAAUGGUGGACCUUAAAUUUUUUGGAGAGGCCAAAGCUGCUACAUGCAUAAAGAGACAGAAAGCUGCCCAGAUGGCACAUGCUCCACUUUGUGUGAGGGUGGAUUUUGGUGGAUCCUCAACACAGAUCUGUUUGUCUGUAUUUGAACCGGAAAUACACAGUUUCUGCCGUCUUGGCAGAAUAUUUGUGACUUACAAUGCUCUGAGGAGCACCUGGCAUUGUGCUUGUGCAAAGCCACGAAUAUCAUGUCCUCAUAAAAACAUAGCUAAAUGGCAUCUCUUCCAGACACAGAGAGACAUCUUCAAAUCAACUGUACCACUAUCAUCAGGCACCCCAUCACAGAUGACUCAGGAGAGUUCUUCCUUUGAGGACAAUGCUGCCGUUGAAAGGAGUAUACGCUAUAUUUUUAAAGAGAAAAAAAUUCCUGGAUCCCUUCCAGAAAAUGUCAUCUCACAGAAAAUGGAUCAUCAGAAACAGCUCUUUCCAUGUGAAACGUUGUGCCAGGUGUGCCCAGAGCACCCUAAACUUGAUGAGGCUAUUGUAAUUACCAAUAAAGUGAGGAUUGUCAGCAUGAUGGGAGUGAUUGAGAGUAAGUUUUAA